CCAUUCCUUAUUGAAUCAUUUGUUUUUCAAUAUCUAUGCUUUCUGUCAAGGUCUACCUGGAUGUGCCAUAUGCCUCAGAUCCGGAGAUUAAAUUCCCAGUUGUGAUUCUUCCUCCUCAGCCUGUCUCAGGGGCUACAAACAGGGACUUUGGAAUCUGGAAUCAACCACCAGGAAGCAAUAUGUACCCCAACCCACCUUCUAUGGCCCCACUUGCCCCACCACUUCAUGUGGUUGGACCACCUGGUCAGUUUGGUGCCCCUGGCUACUAUGGACCUCCUCUGAAUUCGUUUCCUGAUCCUGGUUACCCUGGACCUCGGGGUCCAUUUGCUCCACCUAAUUACACCGGACCUCCUGGUCAAUUUGGUCCUUCGGUUUCCAAUCACUCUGACCCAUCAGCUCCACCUCCUUAUCAGGAAUAUCAAUUAUAUCCACAGUUGCCAGACCACCCUGAAAAAUCUUGACAAAGUGAUUUUAGAAUCACCUUAUGCUGGGUUCAGACUGCACAAUAUUUUUGUCGGUCACGAUAAUCACUGUGUCAGAUUACACGAUUUUGCCUCUUAAAAUCUUGUUGUGUCGUGGACAAGAAACAUGUCAGACUACACGUUGCUUCCCCACCAUUCAUCAUGUGCCAUCUUUAAAGACGUGCGUGAUGUCAUGGAGAUGGUGGAACUAGCGACUGACUUCCAAAAAAAAAAAAAAAAAAGUAUAAACAUUGCUGAAGCGCUUUUGCUCUCAUUCUCCAGCAUUUUUCUUUCUUUGUUCUGUCGUGAUAGUCCCUCGAUGAUACAUCAUAUAGGCAGGAGUACUGUUGUCACAGCUCCACGAACCUUUCCUCCUUCUCAUAAUUCCACCUGGCAGCACAAUCAUCUCUCUUUCAUUUCACUGUGCUGCUAUUGGUCAACGUCACCAAUGUUAUGGAACUCAUUGUGGACGAGGGUAAAAUAAUUAAACAUGAAGCAUCGCAGACGAGGAAUCGGUUAUCGUCCACUAUGACGCACUACACCAGCUGAAACGAUGGAAUCUUGCGUCCCGAUGCCCAUUGUCAAUUACGAAUCCCCAUGACACCCUAUGUCAAGCAAAUUGUGGCAAAAUCGGGCUAAAAUUGUGUAGUCUGAACCGGGCAUUAGACUUCUUUUAUUGUUAUUGUUU